ACUCCCACUUUCUUUCCAUCCAAACAGCUUGAAUUCUGAGAAAGGAAAAUGGGUUCAAAAUCGCUUCUUUUGCUCGGCCUGCUGCUGGCUUGUGCACUUCUCAUUGCCACAGAGGUGGCAGCAGCCAGAGAGUUGGCUGAGGCUGCUUCCACUUCCAAGGAAAACUCUAAGGAGACAAAUGGGGUGGAAGAAGCCCAGUACGACGGCGGAGGAGGGUACCAGGGCGGCGGCGGCGGCGGCCACUAUGGAGGCGGCGGAGGCCAUUAUGGUGGCGGCGGAGGCCACUAUGGAGGCGGCGGCGGCCACUAUGGCGGCGGCGGCGGCCACUAUGGAGGCGGCGGCGGCCAUGGAGGAGGGAACUGUCGCUACCGGUGCUGCCACAGGGGUUAUUACGGGGGCUGCCAGAGGUGCUGCUCUUAUCAAGGGGAGCCCAUGGACACGGGGCCUGAAGCCAAGCCUCAAAACUGAAGAAGAAGAA